UCCGCACUACGCGGCGCGCGCGAGCUCGCGCAGCCUCCGCUGUUUGUGUCCGCCUUGCAGGAGCUGCUAUGUCUCGGUUCCGUACGUUGCUGCUUCUGCCGGUUCUCUUCGAGGCGGCCUUUUCAAUUUCUUUCUUUUUACCGGUAAACUCCCGCAAAUGUUUACGGGAGGAAAUCCACAAAGACGUGCUGGUGACCGGGGAGUACGAUGUUAACGAGCAGUCGAACACGAAGACCAACCUGAAGAUAACAGACUCCACUGGCCACAUUCUCUAUUCAAAAGAAGAAGCAGCAAAAGGAAAGUUUGCUUUCACAACAGAGGAUUAUGACAUGUUUGAAGUUUGCUUUGAGAGUAAAUCACCAAUGGGAACUGGGCGGGUCCCAGACCAGCUGGUCAAUUUAGAGAUGAAGCAUGGGGUGGAGGCAAAGAAUUAUGAGGAGAUCGCCAAGGUUGAGAAGUUGAAGCCCUUGGAAGUUGAGCUGCGGCGGCUAGAGGAUCUGUCUGAAUCCAUCGUGAAUGAUUUUGCCUACAUGAAGAAGCGCGAGGAGGAGAUGAGAGACACCAAUGAGUCCACGAACACACGCGUCCUGUACUUCAGCAUCUUCUCCAUGUGCUGCCUGAUUGGCCUGGCCACCUGGCAGGUCUUCUACUUGCGCCGCUUCUUCAAGGCAAAGAAGCUCAUUGAGUAAAGAGACAUGUAAAUGCAAGGGGAGCAGUAGACCGGGGUGGCCCCAGCAGGUCACUGCCCACAGGUGGAGCUGGGGGCUGCUAUCUAGUUUUGGGGAGCGGGAAAUAAUUGAAGGGAUUUUAGAACACACCGGUGUUAUGUGCACCAUCUGAUCUGGAUUCUCUUUCCCACAGAAAAGCAUCUAAUUUAUUUCACUGAAGUGCAGCUUUUUUCCUGGCUGUUCUUACAUUGACAUUGAAAUGAUUUUUGAUGUUUCUAGCCAGCAAAGCUGUCAUGCAAAGUGUAUGGAUGAGUACAAAUGACCUGCUGCAGCCUUCAUCCAUUUCAUGGUUUUAUUGAUGUUUAAAAAGGCGUUAGUGGUGUAACUACAAAUUGCUUAUUGAUGCAGAGAUGGCUACAACACCUGGACCAUUAACUAAAUAUUAAAAUGUCAGACUGGAAGGAAUGCUUAUAUAAGAUAUGUCCUACAUUUUCUUUUACUGAGUUUAUGAGGUGUUAAAUGGAGACAAAAAAAUGCUCUCACCCAGUUCCCUGCAUAAUUGUUAAAUCUGUACUUUUCAGAUCCUUCUUCAAAAAGUUUGAUGCCUGUU